AUGGAGAGUAAGGAGGUAAUCACCCUUGUAAAGAACCUGGAGAAGAGCAAAAAUAACGAUGAAAGCGUGAUAGAGAUUUUGUCUUUGCUGGAUAAGGAUCUUAAGCCCACUGAGAAGCUUCUUCGAGAGACAAAGGUCGGUGUAGUCGUCAACCAAUUCAAGAAGUCUAGCAAUGCAAAGAUAGCUGGUUUGGUAAAGAAGAUGAUUGGGGAGUGGAGGGACGCGAUUUCAAGGGAAAAGAAACAGCGUGCGAUGGCUAAGACAGGUACAACAGCCGCUUCCUCGAGCUCAGCAACGUCUUCUUCGGAACCAAAACGCCAAGGGAAGUUUGUGUCCACCAAGCCUAGAAAUGCGAAGAACGACGGAGUUGUAACCACCAUUUACAACCAUAAGCUGCGUGAUAUGGUCAUCCGCGCUUUUUACGAUGCUCUGGCGAAGGAGAGCGAACAUCCACCGCAGUCGAUUUUGACAACUGCAAUCGCUAUAGAGAAGGAGCUUAACAAGGUGAAUAACUGCGAACUCAACGAGAAAGCGUACAAGGACAAGUAUAGGGUAGUGUACGCCAAUGUUAUCUCUAAAAACAAUCCAGAUUUGAAGCACAGAAUAACUGGCGGUGACGUUUCGCCGGAGUACCUUGUUAACUGUGACCCCAAGGAGCUGGCACCUGAGCAUCUCAAGAAGAAGAAUGAGGAAAUUGCCAGACAAAAUCUCUUCAAUGCCCAGGGUGCCACGCUGGAAAGAUCUGUGACAGAUAGAUUUACUUGCGGUAAGUGUAAAGAGAAGAAGGUUUCCUACUACCAAUUACAGACUCGGUCUGCAGAUGAACCGCUGACCACUUUCUGUACCUGUGAGGUCUGCGGUAACAGGUGGAAGUUCUCUUAA